AUGGGGAAAUUUGGGAUUGUCUUCAAGGGAACUCUGGUCCGUGCACUGUUCUCUCUCCACGCUGGUGUGAGUGUUUGGUUGAUCAGCAAAGACAACGAGAUUUAUUUGUUGAUGUGGCUUUUGUUCCUCCUGUUCAUCUUUUUCGAGGGAGUCUUCACGACCAAAGUGAAAAAACACGGCACUUGGAAAUGGUUUUCUCCAACCGUUUGUCUGUUCCUGCUUUGCUCCGUUCCCUGCCUCUGGAAACUGGAACUCGAGACGUUUGAAACCAGAAAAUAUGUCUUCAUGGAUCCCAACAACACAUGUAAUACAUCUACAUUCCCCCUGAUAAGCCUACCACCUUUGUUUGGAUUCAAGGUACCUGUUGUAUCAGACCUGCUUUUGAGCCUGCCAGAAUGGACGCUCGUCCUUCACCAAACCCUGCUCUUCAUGCUCAUCCUUGGUAGAUGGCUACUCCCAAAGGGCGACCUCUCGCGAGAUCAGCUCUCUCAACUUCUACUGGUGCAGAUCGGCAUGGCGGCAGACAUCUUGGAGUUCGUGACGGAGGGUCUGAAAGCAGAGAUCAUGGUCUACGGCACCUACACGCACGUCCAAGUGCUCAUUAUUCUGACCGUGUGGACUUGGAGCCUGCCGCAGUUCACCCUGAGCCUGACUCUAACCAAAUCGCGGAAGCCCAGAGUAGCUGGCACUGGUAGCAUCUUGAGGGAACAACCUCGCGUAGACCACAGAGGGAACUUCGGAGUGUGUCACCUUUUCUGCGGCACCGAGGUCUGGGCUAUCUUGGUCACCAUGACUAUGCAGGAUUUACCGUUCCUGAGCACCCGUCUUUAUCUUAUCUUCAACCCAGAAAUCCCCAUCUCGAUCCCGUUCUUUUUCUUCACGUUCAAGAAUGCCUUGCUGACCAUGCUACAGCUGUACCGCCUCUCGGUGAUUCUUCAAGAGUACCGGCACCAAAGGAUGGCAAGAGUGAGGGUGACUCCGGAGCAUCAUCCCCCGUCAAUAAUUGAUCUUGAAGAUGUUGAGCCCGUAGAUGAACCACAAGAGAGCCUGCCCAAACACCCCGGUCCGCAGCAGCAGCCAUCCACAACCCCCUGGUUCGCCUCCCGUUUUCUCUCCGGGUUCGUGGGGCCCAAGUUGCGACAGCGGAAGCAUGUCAGUAUCCAGACGGAGCAAUCGCUGCAGAUAGUGGCCAGUAUCUCCUCUCACUGGGCCGUCGAUGUCGACGACGAAGGGGAAUACCUUUACCAAUACGCGGAUACCGAUGCCAAACCAACUGCCAAAGCCCGCGAUGCCCGCUCACCUGCACCGCCAAACGACGCACGUAGUCCUACUCCAGCCGGUGGUGUUCCUAAGCACCCUCAGUACAGACGAAAUCCUAGCCGUACCUUCUCCGAAACCCCGCGAAGUCCUUCACCAAAAUGCGAGGUCAUAAUUGAAAGUACAAAUGAAGACAAAAAGGAUGAACUGACAGUCAUUUUCAAUAAGAAACACGAUCGCGGUGAUCACAGAAGUGUCAAAGAGGAGCCCAAUACGGCUCGGGUUGCCUCUACCGAAAAACGUAGCGAAACACCCCGUGAAUUUAAUCCCAAAGCGGAGGGUCGAUACCGGGAAGAGGAUUCAGUUGCGUCGGUUCGUGGUGAGCUGGUCAACGAUGCCAUCAAUGACAUCAUAUCAAAUUUUGAAGAUUGGUCUGGCUCCGAUGCCCAGUUACAAUCCCGGGACGAUAAAUCCUAAAGUAGAAACAGAGUCGAAAAAAGGGUAAAGAGACGUAGGGACGAGGAUGAAGAAGAUGAGAUAAAUUCGGUUUGACAAUGUACAUUACACGCCAUUUCCUGUCUUUACAUACCCUUUUCGAAUCCACGGUCUCGGCUGUCCAGAUUCGGCUUAGGCUCGCUUGGCCCCUCGGCUUGUUUUGACAAUAUUGAGCGUGCUUUGAGUAAGCGCCAAGGGCCUCAGACGAGAGGAAGGAGCCUGAAACCGAAUCCAAAGCCGAAGACGUGGUUUAGAAAAGGGCAUUGCCUGUUUUACUUGUUUUGUACUCUUAUAACUAUUACACUAAAAAAAUGUAUCUACAUAAUAAUGUUUUGCAUUAGGUUUCAUAAUAACAGCCUCUGCUUGUUGUAAACAAAAUGCUCUGUAUAUUUGC